CCCAACCCAAUGGAUAUUGGUCAAAUGGGUUUGUAUCAGGUUUGUUUUAGUUGGUGGGUUGGGUUGAUAUUCCACCUCUACCUGUAUGGCGUUUCUUGGCAUAAAACAUCAAUGGACUUCUUACACCUCUCUACAUUCUGAAUUACUUGCACUCUGAUGUUUCAUUGGUGGUAAUGUGAAUAUAAUUUUAAAUUGCAGAACUAAGUGGCAAGUUGGAGUGCAUAUACGUGGUUGCAAAAAUGAGAUCCCUCCUGACAAUCUGUUGCAGAGCUGAAAGUCCCGCCUCGAUGGAUGAUUUGCCUCUUUGGAGAUUUGAAGAUCGUGUUCAGACUUUCCCUACCAAGGAUCCUGCUCUGGCAUUUUCCGGCCAAAAGGCUGCCCAGGUUGAGGAAGCAGACCCCCAGGUAGAUCUUGUUCUUGGUGCCACGGGACCCGCACUAGUCGAAGAGUGCUUUUUUGUUCCUGUCACUGUGACCUCCAAGGGUCACUCUGUGUUCUCGGGAGAGUUGAAAGUCAAUUUGGUAGAUGUCAAAGGUGGCGGCUUGUUUAGUCCCAGGGAAGUUGAGCCACUUUCCUCAGAUAGCAGCCAUCACGUUCAGCUUCUCGGAGUCUCCUCAACAGAGACGGAGGACGACCCUCAGGUAGCUUCCAGCAAAAUCAUGAAAAUUCAGCAGUCCUUCGGCUUGGUCUCUGUCCCAUUUUUGAAAGAUGGAGAAUCAUGGUCCUGCAAGCUGGAAAUCAAGUGGAAUCGACCUAAACCGAUCAUGUUAUUCGUUUCACUGGGAUAUUUUCCGGAUGUCAACGAGUUGAGCUCACAGAAAGUUCAUGUCCACAAAAGCUUGCAGAUAGAAGGAAAGACCGGCAUUGUAAUCAGUCAUCAAUUCAUGCUACCAUUCCACAAGUACCCACUGUUACUCUCCAAACAGUCACCUUCCCUGCCUAUGAACGAAGCCAGUGUACUAGUUGUUAGCACUAAGAACUGCUCUGAAGUCCCCUUGGAGUUGCAGUCUAUGUCUAUCGAUAUGGAUGAUGACCACGAAAGGUUGUAUACUCUUCAGCAUGGAGGUGGAGGAGCUGAAGAUAUGUUAGGGAUUUCUCAUCUUAUGCCAGGAGCAGAGUUCAGAAAGGUCUUCACCAUCGUUCCUGAGGUAGAAUCAUCAAGUCUCGUACUAGGGUCGGUGGCUCUAAGAUGGAGAAGGAAAUCCGAGACACAAGAAGCUUGUGUGCUGACUAAAUAUAAGCUUCCAGACGUAAACAUUGAGCUGCCGCCAUUGGUGGUGAGACAGGAAUGCCCUCCUUAUGCCAUCCUCGGAGAUCCUUUUGCAUACGUUUUAAGGAUCAAGAAUCAGACCAAGCUGCUGCAGGAGGUCAAAUUCUCGUUGGGCGAUGCACAGAGCUUCGUACUCGCUGGAUCUCACACUGACAGCACCUUCAUACUACCAAAGUCGGAACACGUGGUUUCUUACAAAAUCGUGCCGCUCUGUUCUGGUAAGCAACAGCUGCCUCGAGUCACUGUGACUUCAGUUAGAUAUUCAGCUGCAUUUCAGCCCUCGGUCGCUGCAUCUACUGUUUUCGUGUUCCCCUCCAAGCCUCACUUCCAGAUAGCAGCAGCAGCAGCUGAUGCCGAAAACAAAGCGUUGGAACCUGUCGCGACGGAGUAACAACUCCUUCUAGGUGGCCUACAUUUUCUUCUUGUGGAGAUGUUAAUGGAUCUCUGAGGAUUGGAAGAAGAUGUAAGCAUACAGGACCUUAUUUGCCACAUGUUCUUUUGUGUGUAUAAAACUAGGCAGAGAUAAGUGGGCAACAUUUUUGUCUAUUGAGCUAGUCUACAAUUCAGAAACAACUUGGCAAGGAGUCUCCAUCUAUUUUUUCUCAUCUUGAGCUGAGUAAGUUCCUUAUUUAGUUUGCCUGUUCUGAGGAGCUAAAGCAUUACCAAAAGGUGCAAAUAAUAUGACCAUUUGAGGGUGGAUGACAAUUUCGAUAUGCGAUUUAAUCAUCUCCGUCAAAAUAAGGAUUUUUAAGGUGUAAAUAUUCAUUUGUUUAGGGAGUGUAUUGUCUUAUAUGUGAUCAAUAUAGGGCAAGAUACUCAACACCGACUUGCUUUGACUUGUCAUGCUCUCUUUGUCCGAAUUUCAUUCAACAUUUACACGUAUUUCUUUCAAAGAUGUUUUUCUAAUUCCUUCUCUAUCAUAUAAUUUCUUGUAGCAUUCAAUCUCCUCGUUCGCUUUGAACCCAUUUCCCGCUUUCCGAAGUUCUCCAACCAACACCCUGAAAAUCAUGUCGUUCUUUUUCAUAUCACAUAUAAGAACGACCUUGACCCGUCACAAAACAUAUCUCAUACCACUCCAACCUAACUUGUACCUAAGCUAAUAUAAAACUAACAUAUAUGCUUACUAUAUUACCACUCCUGCUCACAUCUGUAAAGACAUGAAUGAUGAAACAGAAGGAUUCCCAUGACAAGAGAAUAAAUUCACAUCCUCCACUAACACGCAAAAGUUCCUGAGGUGCUCUAUCGACCUGUCUGUCGACUGCUAAAUCAAAUGGCUUCUUCCUUUCCCCUAACCACUUCUCAACACCUUCACAAAAGGAAAAGCUAAAGCAAUCCUUUUCCUUUCGUUUUGGUUCGGCCAAUGAAAGCUUCCUUUCAGGUUUUGGUACGAAAAAGAUUCCAUUUAGGGUAUUCCCUGUAAAACAUGUUGGUAUCGAUUCCAUGCAAGCAGAGAGCAAUGCAUCUAAAGUGAAGAAAAGAUUAUUCCUUUCCUUCCUUUUCCAAAAAAAAAAAAAAAAAAAAGUUUGUAAGAUUUAUGUUCAUAAGUUGUUUAAAUUCUGUCGUGUAUCAUGUAUGUUUAGUAAACGGUUAUCUAACAAAAUUCAAGAAAAUAUCGUAACAAUUUUCGUCCAAUAUUGAUGUAUGGAAGUUGCUCGAGAGCUGAUAAAGAUUGUUGUCGCCUGAUUUAUUUAGUCGUCGUGUGUUUUGGUUGUUUCCUCGUAGUCGCAAAGUUACAGGGCAGGUAAUUGUUAGUUCACUUACCGACUCAAUGGAAUGGAAAACCGAAAGAAAAACGUGUUUGAUACAGAAAUCACUAUGUAUGUUUAGUUAGAGAAACAGUAGAUUUCUAUUUCUAUAUUUCUAAUUUUUUGUUUUAAUAAAUUUGUUACAAUAAGUGUUAUACAAUAUU